AUGCACGCCGAUCAAGUCGUUUACGACCAUGAGGCCAAAAAAUCCCAUCAUGAUGCCGUUGAGGUCGACGCUUUUACCGCUCUCGCAAUUGAAGAGCAGGAUCACGAUAUCAAAUACCGAACUCUGAGUUGGCAAAAAGCUACUCUUUUACUGUUUGGAGAAUAUGUCUGUUUGGCUAUUCUUGCUUUGGCUUGGAGUUGGAGUGUUCUUGGAUGGGUCUGUGGAUUCUUCAUCACAUUCGGUUUAGGUAUCGUCACCUGGUACACCAGUUAUGUUCUCUGGCAAUUCUGCAUGCGACAUCCGGAAGCUCACGACAUUUGCGAUAUCGCUGCUAUCCUCUUCCCUGCCAUUCCCCGAAUUGCUUUUGAGAUCACUGGUGUCAUGCUGCUUUUGAACAACAUCUUCCUUAUUGGAUUCCAUGUGUUUACUGGAGCAAAGAUUUUCAACACUCUCAGUGAUGGCGCUGUUUGUACUGUCGCAUUCCAAGCAAUAACUGCUGUUAUCGGUAUCAUUGUGUCCCUUCCCCGAACUCUUAACCACGUUUCUAUCAUGUCCAUCGUCUCUGCUAUUGCAAUGGGUAUCGCCAUUAUCCUUUCGAUGGUCUAUGCCGGUAUUGAAGAUCACCCUUUGUAUGGUUACGGUGGAAACUAUCCCGAAUUGGGACCCGUAAAGACAUCCGUCGGUUUACCUGGUGCUCCUGGAUUUAUUGCCGGAACUAACGCUGUGCUCAACAUUACUUUCCUUUGGAUCGGUCAGAUUUUGUACCCCUCUUUCAUUGCGGAGAUGAAACGACCUCAAGAUUUCCCCAAGGCUCUGGCCAGUUUGACCAUCCUUCAACUCAUUUUGUUCAGUGUUACCGCUGCGGUAGGGUAUUACUACAACGGACAAUAUGCUACUGCUCCUAUCAUUGGUUCACUCUCCGAGCCUUGGGCCAAGAAGUCAGCCUUUGCGUUCGUCCUCAUCCCCACUGUCAUUAUCGGGGCUAUCUACGGCAAUGUUGCAGGCAAGUUUUUGUUCAAGCGUAUUUUGGGAAACACAAAACAUGCACACUCUCACAGUAUUGUCGGUUGGGGAACCUGGAUCGCCAUCGAUAUCUUCAUCUGGGCUGUCGCCUUUGUUCUGGGCAACGUCAUCCCCAGUAUGGGAGAUUUCCUCGGCAUCAUGUCUGCCGCGUUUGAUUCGUUCUUCGGUUUCAUCUUCUGGGCCGUAGCAUACUACCACAUGAACAAGAACAGACUUUUCACGAACUGGAAGAUGACAACCAUGACUGUUAUCAACGUGAUUAUCUUCUUCCUUGGACUAUUCAUGCUUGGUCCUGGUCUUUAUACCAGUGUCGAUGCAAUCAUCGCCGAUUACGCCGGUGCUGUCAGACAACCAUUCUCAUGUGCAUCUAAUGCUUUGUAG